CUACGAAAAACCCUAAUCUAAAAGUUUUGAGGUCGUAUAUAUACGUAAAAUAGAAGAACGGCAGAAAAUUUGAUAGCAGAUUGGGAGCAGACAAAAUGCAGAUAUUCGUGAAAACCCUAACCGGCAAGACCAUCACCCUUGAGGUGGAGUCAAGUGACACUAUCGAUAAUGUCAAAGCUAAGAUUCAGGACAAAGAAGGAAUUCCUCCGGACCAGCAGAGGUUGAUCUUCGCCGGAAAACAGUUGGAAGAUGGACGCACCCUCGCCGACUAUAACAUCCAGAAAGAGUCAACAUUGCAUCUUGUUUUGAGGCUUCGUGGUGGUAUUAUUGAGCCAUCUUUGAUGGCAUUGGCCAGGAAGUAUAACCAGGACAAGACAAUCUGCCGCAAGUGUUAUGCACGUUUACACCCUCGUGCUGUCAACUGCAGGAAGAAGAAGUGUGGACACAGCAACCAGUUGAGGCCAAAGAAGAAGAUCAAGUAAACUGUUGUAAUUGCAGGAAGGAAGAAUUUUUUUGUUGUCAUGGACUACUGGAUGAUUUCUUGUGAUAAUUAGCUUCUUAGUAUUGUAGGAAAUCUGCUGGAAAUUGAACUUACAGUUUUUGUCUAUGUUUUUGUUUUGGUUUGAGACAAAUUGAUAUCAAUUAUGCUACUGUUCUAUGUGAUGAUAUAAUUUUGUUGCUUUUUGGAUAAUAACGGCUUAAACCAAACUUAGAUGCAGUUUUUAUGCCCUGCCAA